GAAACGGGUUUAUAGUUUCGAAAAAGUUUUUGUUCCGCUGUUGUUUGCAGACUUUAUAUUUGUCCGAACGCCUCUUCGGCGGAACCUAUCUCAUUAAGCAGAAGGUACACGAUAUCGUCAUGAGACGCUGCAAAUUAGCUCGCUAGCACUUAGCAAGCUGAUGAAUGUGUGCUGCCGCUGCUAAGGUAGCCAUUUUGAAGCCGUGUUGUUCCAACGAAGACAGGUCCAGGUUGUUCCUGUGCAGACACUCUUGAACAGUCAGCAAGAAAACCAAAAAGUGCACUGAAGCUUCCUGUGUGAGGAGAAAGUAUCUCAUUUAAGGAAAGGAAAGACCCACUCAGCUGGAUGCAUCCUGGUGACCACCCUUUUUUGCCACAAGAAAAGAAUUUUGAGCUUUUUUGAGGAUUUCUUUUUGACCAUCCUUCAUCGACGUUGAACAACUCCUGUAUAUCAUAUGACACAAUUUUGGCUUCUAAGCUCUUAUAUCUAUGAAUUUAGGGUUAUACCAUAAACCUGCUUCAAUCAGAAGGCUGCGAAUAAUUAAAUGGGCAUUCUACAAAUGUGAUAUUAAUACUUUAAGCAACAUUACAAUGAAUCAUUCAACAGCAUCUCUAUUUCACUAACCAAAACUAAAAGUGACAGCAAUGUAAAAGUAGGGUAUUACAUCCUUCACUGUCAUGUAACUUAAAACCUAGAGUAUAAUUUCUUUAACCUCAGACAGUCUUUUUCACCAGUUUAAUGAGGUGAACAGUGGUAUUCAGCGACCUCCAUUACUACUAAAGGCUGUCUCCGAACAUUUUUCUUUUUUGCAAGCAUUUCAGUAGAUCUUAAAAUGAUUCGGUAAAAGGUGAGGCGACACAAAAACUGGCACACAGUGUGGCAGGACAACACCUGUCUCUUCCCCCCCAGCUGGUGUCAAAGUGGAACUGCUACACAAACUGCUGCCCAUGUGUCAGGGCAGAUACCUUUCACAGACUGCUUCCUUUUUUUGAAGACAACCUGGCUCUUCCUCACCAUUGGGACAAAUCAUCUUUCACCUCAGUUCAGUUUUCCAGUUUGCAUUAAGUUCAAUCAGGGUUGAGGUUUUACUUCUGAUAAGUUAAAAUGAUUCAAAUAAAUUGGUGACACAUUCAGUUACCUGGACUACAACCGUGACUGGAAUUAGUCAACCGUCGGAGGAUCUUCUACUCUUGAGCUUUAAAAUCAAGUUCCCGUUUGGCCAGUUUUCUGGAUCACCAUUCCAGAUUGUUCCUGCAACCUUUUGACCCAUCUCUGUGUUCCACCCUGGACGAAGGGGUUUGCCUCUGGGUAAAGGGGCUGUGCUGUCCUGGCAGAGGUGGAGAGGAGGUUGUUGGCAUACUGCUCCCCAUCUGUCAGCUCGCACACACUGUGAUCAGUGCCAACAGGCCUGAGGAACCAAGCCCAGCCGGACGGAGAGGAGGCAGAGGACUUCAGAGCCACAGACUCUGGGAUCCUGGCCAUGAGGUUUGAUGCCUCGAUCCACUGACCGGAAACACUGGACCUAAAUGGCGCAGCAUGACUUUGUCCCUGCCUGGCUUAACUUCUCCACACCCCAGCCUGCCAAGUCCCCUGCUGCCAACCUUGACAAACAAGGGGAGCCCCACCACCACAGAGACGGCAGAACCGCUGUGAGCCGCCGCCGCCACAACUCCUCCGAUGGCUUCUUUAACGGGUCCCUGCGUGCUCCAGGUGAUGGAUGGCAGCAACCCUCUCUGCUUCUGAGGCAUGACUCCGUGGACUCGGGGGUGGCCAAAGGAGGACAUGGUGGGCUGGCUGUUGGAGGCUCAUGUUGGAAGGACACGCCCAGCUGGCACGGAGCUCCGCGGGGCGCCCAGGACGGCCACCACCACCAGGGACGCCACCCCAAACGGGUAGGAGGCGACAGGGACAGGCAGGGGGGGCACCGGCAGCGCAAUGGGAACUUCCAUCCCCGCAAGGGCGCCUCGUACCAGGACAAGUUCCCCAACGAGGAACGCAAGGACGGCAAGGAUGACAAGCUGAAGUUUGUGGAGGAGGAUUUUCCUUCGCUCAACCCUGAAACAACUGGAAAACCUGGGACUCAGAUGAGACCAGUGGCUCCCCAUGCUGGAGUGUGGGAAAAUCCCCCUAGUGGCAAACAGAUGGUGUCCAAAAUGCUGGUUAUCAAGAAGGUUUCCAAGGAGGACCCCAGCACAGCCUUCUCUGCGGGCUUUGCUUCUGCUGGUGCCCUACCCACCAACGGCAACAAAGCUCCCAUUGCAGGCUCCAGUGUCUACAAGAACCUGGUCCCAAAACCCGCUGUGGCCCCCACCAAAAGCACCCAGUGGAAAUCUGGUGGUAGAGAGAUCACUAAGCCUGGCCUCCAUAUGCCAGGCCGAGACUCAGUCUUUACAAGCCCCGUCUCUGCAGCCAAACCCGGCAUCCCAGUCAGUGCUCCCCAGCACAACGCCCCAAGAGAGCAGCAUCCUUCCAGCACGACCCCUCCCAUAGACAUUGCCCCAUCCAGGCUGAAGCUGAUGCGCCGCGGUCCAGACCGUAAGAGCGAGUUCUUGCGAGCUUUAAAGGACGAGGGCACUGGAGAGCUGACGACAAGCAGCAGCCCAGGAACAUCGGGAGAGGGUGAAAGCAGCACCCCAGAACCCAAAGUCUACAGCGAGGAGGUCUGCCACGAGAAUGGUCUGUCCUACUCCCUCAGUGACUCAGACACUGAACACCUGUCCAGCUCCCUGGAGGCAGAGCACAGGUUGCUGAAGGCCAUGGGCUGGCAAGAGUACCCAGAAAACGACGACAACUUCCUGCCUCUGACAGAGGAUGAGCUCAGAGAGUUCCAGACUAAAACUGAACAGCUUAAGAGGAACGGAUUGCAGAGGAAUGGGGUUCUCCCGAGGGCUCGGGGUGUGACCCUCCACUUCACCCCCUGGAGGAGUGUGGCGGAGGCACGCGUUGAGGAGGGCUCAGAGUCCGAAACCAGUAGCAGCAGCCAGACCUCUGAUGACGACGACUGCAUCAAAUCCUAACGUGGCUUUACGGAACAAAAAAGAAAAAAACACCACACAAUAGCCAACACCACAUCCCAGCAAGCAAACCCCCCUCUUCCCGUCUCAUCUUUGUUUUUAGAGCACCAUUUUCGAUUACUCUCAUUUUUGAUUUUAUUUUGUUGUCGUUCUUGCACAAGGGAAAAACCAAUCAUAUCCCAGUGAAGGGGGAGAUUCCUGCUCUGCCAGACGUCGUUUUCCCUGCGUGUCCUCCUUCACUGCAGCCCUCCGCCCUUUUCUGCCCUCUCCCCUUCCUCUCCUUUUUUUUUUCUUCCUCGCUUUGUGGAACUGAAGUGUUCAUCAAGAAAAGAAGGGCAAUGAAUGCACACUUGAUUCUGCUUUAAACAGACUAACUCAUUUCAUUGAUGAUGCUGAUUACACAUUAUUAAUGAUAUUAAUAAAAAUUGGUUCCUGACAAGCUGAUAUGUUUCAAUAUGAAUCUGGCUACUGUGGUGUUUUGUGCCAUGCGAUGCAAUACUGUGAAGGUUAAUCUGGAUUCCUAAAAUGCUACAGUUUAAAGGUUCUCACUGGACAUGUUUGCAUCCUACAUUUGUUGCAGCUCAAGAACAAGAGAAACUUGGCUCACUAGAAAUCCUGAUUGUUUUUCAUUUAAGGACUUGUUUAAAGGCGAUUCAUGUUAAGUUUUUUUCUUUUCCAUUAGAGCUGGAGGAAGUUCUUAAACUCAUUUUGUAUAAUGGUCAAAUUAUACCUGUGACACUUAAACUUUACAGAUUAAGAAAGAUG